CAAUGUCAUUAACACGAGAAUUGAGAUUGUGGUUCGUGCACAGAGUAGGUACUGUAUUAUAUACUGGGUUCGUGUUCGAGGCUGCAGUGAUAAAUUUAAAAUUUAAUUUAAAUAUUUUAUUGUGUUUAAGUGAAGCGGAAAUUAUUAAAAACUAAAUAAAGUUUUCAUUUACUAUCUUCUUAAUCGUUACUGUAAACUCUUGAACCCAUUUUACGUAUAGAAAAUUUGUAAUUUAACAAUGUCUACGAGAAGAGCGAGAAUAAAAGCUGUUACAUCUUUACCACCACGUAGAAAAAAUGCGGAUAAACGGGAUAACAAAACUAACAAGCCAGAUGAUACAUCUAAUAGCGUGGAAAAUAAGCCUGAAGAUUCUACCAACAAAGAAACAAGCACUUCACAAACGGCAGAAAAAUUAGACGAUACAAGCAAUCGGGACCAAAAUGCUCAACGCUCUAUAGAUAUAGAUGUAAUAAAAUCACCAGAGUCCAGACCGAAUACUGUUUCAGUGAUACGUAGCAAUGUGUUUGUGUCUCCACAAAAGAGAAGCCCUAGAAGAACAUUCGCUACACCCGUAGCGCCGUCACCGAAAAUACAGAAAGUACCAGAUCACAAGAGCGUCAUACAGAGAACUGGAAGCACCCCGGUGACACAGAAAAUCAAUGACUGCGACGAACUACAGAUAUCAAAUAGUUUGAUCAAUAAAGUUAAUUAUAAUGAAGACUCGCAGAAGAAAGAUGGUGAACCCACUGCUACAUUGAGUGCUGCUGAAGAAGCCGUUAUGGAUGGGAUUAUGCCGCUGCAGCCCGAAAGCCAGGCAGCCAAAACAAUAGAUUUGCUCAAAAAUGACAUAAAUGAAAAUGCAGAUGUUCUAUUUGACCCUAUUAUCCCAUUGCCUUCUCCUGGGAAAGUACGACCGAAGCUCAAACCAGUGCCUAGGUUGGGACCACACAGAAGAAACAGUAUUCAGGGCAGCGCAAGUGAGUCAGAAGAUGAGAGUCGGAGAGGGCUGACCAACGCCACACCUAGCACCCCAGGGCCAAGACAAAGAUAUGAUUCACACUCUUCAAUUGCCACUUUACCAACACUGCCUAGCAGAUGUACAACACUGAGUAACAGAGCAAGGAAUGACUCAGUCUGCUCCAUCACAAGCCAGGUAGCUGCCCAGGUUGUAUCAUCACCAGUUAAAGAGAAACAGUCUGCCAAGACUAGACGUCAUGAGGCGAACCGAAGAAUGAUGGCGUCGAAACGACGGCGAGACAUGAUGAAGAGGGAGGCUAUGACUAUGUAUGAUCUGAUCUUCUACAACCCAUCUACAAAUCCCAUUGUCCCUGACGAGGAUGAAGUGAAGGCUAUAGAAGACGAAAAAGAAAUGAAUAAGAAGGCAGAAGCAGAGGAACUGAAGAAAGCGGAGGAGCCAGAGGAUGCUACACCAGUGCCGCAGCUCAAACUCGGACCCAACGGGGAAAUUACAUUAGACGAGUCCAGUUUGUUGAUCAACCGCACGUCACGCACUGCGACGGCGGGCGUGGUGGUAGAGGGCGGGUGGCGCGCGGGCGCGGGGGGCCGCUAUCGCCGCGGCCCGCGCUCCGCAGAGUGGCCGCCCGCGGAAACUGUACGCUUUUACCGCGCGCUCGGAGCCCUAGGGACGGACUUUACUCUGAUGGCGCCACUCUUCCCCGACCGCACGCGGAAGGAGAUUUAUCUGAAGUUCAAGAAGGAGGAGCGUCUGAACGGCGCGCAGGUGGACAAGGCGCUGCGGUCGGCGGGCGGCUGGGACGUGCUCCGGCUGCGGGACGAGUUCAGCGCGGAGCGGGCGGCGGCGCGCGAGGCGGCGCGGCGCGAGCGCGACCGCGUGCACGCCGAGCGGCAGGCGGAGCGGGCGCGCCUGCAGGACGCGCGCAGCCUGCGCGUGCGAACUAGUAAGGCGUCAAAAGCUAUGGAAAGUACCAUGCUGCCAGGAGUCAGCCAGCAGAGCGAGAUCGUCACCGCAAACGACAUCGUGGAGAGCGUCAAAAUUGCCAAGAAACGAACAGCCGAAACAAACAAAACUGACAUAGCGAUGGGACCAAAGAAACCGAAAGCCACUCCUAUAACUUUAGAAUCUCCUAAUCUUAGAACAGAAGCCACUCCUAUAACUUCAGAAUCUCCUAAUCUUAGAACAGAGAUCCUAUCACCGGACAAAAUUGCUAAUCUAUCAAACCAAGUCCCAAAGGCACUGUCCAACAUUGAGUCUGGCUCUCUAGUGGUAUUGACCGUUGAUGAUCCAUCUACUCCGGGAAAGAAGAUGCUGCAGACGUAUAUAGCUCAUGGACCACACAAGCUCACUCCGGUGGCUCUACCGUCUACGUUACUGAACUCGGUCGUCGGAUACAUGAAGAAAAAGUCCACGAAUAUAAAUACUUCAUCCAACCCGUCUUCACCUCUGCUCUCCCCGGGCAGUGUUAACAGUGAUAGACCCAGUGCGUUCCAGAGUCCAGUGCAACGGACCAGACAUACUUCUUUCACUAUACAACCUCUGUAGUUGCUUUGUUAAGUUUUUUGUUUGUGCUUUAAAUUAUCUUUAGUGUUCCAUUACAUGAGGGGGCAGGGAGGGUGUGAUGACAUUGAUGCCAGAUAAAUAUGCCAAUGGCAGCAGAUCGGGCGAUUGUGCCCUGAAAGAAGUCUCGCCUAAGGCACUUUUUAUGCUUUCAUUGCCCUGUUUUAGUAUUUAUACUUACUUUAUGUACUUUUUCCAGAUACGAAAAAGUUUUUUUUUCAUGAUUUUGUUAAAUUUAUUAAAUACCUACUUAACUUUAAAGUGCCAAAUUUAAUAAUAGUGUUUUAAUGUACCAUCGAAGAAAUUGAUUUAAGGCAGUUGGGGGACCUUCGUCAUUUGGUUGAAUUACGACAAUUCAAUAUUAGUCAUAAAGUUAAUAUACCUAGCGGAAUAGAGA